UCAAGUUUGAUUUCAAUCUUUAUUUUUUUUUUCUUUUGAGGUUCCAUUGAACUAUUCUGAAUGUUGUAUUGGCUGAUGGACAGAAGAGCGUGAGCUACCAGGUGGAUGAGGCGCUGGCAACUGUGGACUAGCAGUGAGCUGAUGGGCAGGAACGGUGUCCCCCAGGGGCUCUGGCAACUUGCUACAGUGACCGCAGGUUAGCUGCAGCCUGCACUCACGGGGCCACGAACGGUUUGCUGAGGAAGUUGGAAGUUGGCACAGAACUGGGCAGCCCCAAGUUUUACUUCUGUUACGCUCUGUUCAGCAUGUGAGCCGGGUGACGGAGGCCACGCUUCCCUACCAGCAGUGACAGAACCGUUCAUUCCGCCGGAUCGUUCCUCUCAUCAGAGCCCCGUCUGUGCUUUGGGCUGCAGGCCACGCUGCGAGCCACGCCGCGAGCCAGGCUAGGUGUGUAUCCAAUAUCGUCGCUUUGCAGCAGGGCGUCGGAGUUAACCAGCAAAUGUCUUAAGACUGACCUGUCUCCUUCCCUCUCUGGGUGAGAGCACUUGUCCUCCUCGCCAUCUCGGAGUGGUCCCUUCAGCGAAGACUGGAAAUACUUGAAGGGUGACAAGGCAGCCACUAUGCUGCAGCCCUCUGGCCGAAAGUCUCUCCUCGCCCUCUGUGUGCUCGCUGCCUGCGCUCUCAGCACUGUGGAGAGUUAUGUGUGUACGCAGUGCUUUCUUGAUGAAUGUGGGACCGACAAGCAGACAACUUGUGAAGCCUCUCACGGCUGCUUUAGCAACAAGCAAGAAUACAACACGUCAGGGCAGCCCUCGUCACUGCUGGAGCUGAAAGGCUGUUCUCCAAGCACGUGUGUUCCGCUGUCCUUCUCCGCCACUCUGGGGAAGGAGAUGACGUUCGCGUUCGGCCGCCAGUGCUGCGAAGGCCCGCAGUGUAACCAGGGCGAGGCCCAAGCGCCUCAGAAAUCCUCAGACUCCAAUGGCAUUACGUGUCAUGCUUGCUACAGUGAAACGGACAUUGCCUGCACCACGGCUCCCCUCACCUGCACAGGGGCAGAGACCAAGUGUGUGGAGGUCAUCGGCACAGGUGUGGACACUUCCCCAGUGUCUGUAGGUCAGGCAUCUGGAAGUGGUGUAGCCGGAUGGUUCCGGCUCGGGGUGUCCCUUGAGGAGGCUGCAGCGGAGGAAGCAGGAACUGCGGCCAUUCAGAUGGAGGAUCCACUUCCAAGCUCACCCGGGUGGCUGUUGACAGGCCUCAAUUCUUCUCCAUUUGGGCCUUUCCGUAGGCUGCCUGGGUGUCCUCAUGAUGUAUCAGCUGUCCUCCCCCGGAGUGAGCGAUGAGACAGAGAAAGAGAGAGCGAGCUACAGUUUUUAAUCAUAUCACCUUAGAAGUGACACAUCAUUGCCUCUGCUUGUACCCUGCUGAUCACUGAGACCAAGCCUGGUACUACAGUGGAGGGGCGUAUGUGGGGGCACAAAUGCCAGGAGGUGGAAAACACUGGGCUUGUCUUAGGGGCUGACCGCCAUGUGUGGCAGGCGUGGCACAGGACCAGCGCUGGCUCACCCCUCUAAGGUUGGGACGAGGCCGUCUGGCAGGAGAGCAGGGAGAGGAGAAGAAACACAGGUGCUUCUCACAGCGGGGACAGAGGCUUGGAGGGCGAGUCAGUCACCAUGAUCUCCUGGAGUGGUGCCUCAGCUCAUCGGCAAUGAAGGAGGUGACAACACCUCAGUUGUCAUCAUCGCUAUCAUCAAAACCCCAUGAUUAAGCACCUAA